AUUUUCUUUGGCCACCAUGAAAAUCCAUUCAUCCCUUCUUCACCCUCUUCAUUCUAGAAAGAGGAGGGAAACUGAACAUAGCGAGUGUGUUUGGAGUCGCCAUUAAAAAUGGCAGGUCUAGCUGCUUGUAGUUCUUCAGCACUUUCUUCUCGGAGCUAUCUGCAGACAUCUUCGUUGGUCUUGGAGGCUCGUCGUAAACCCAUUCAUCAAAGACGUAGGAGCAUUAGAAUCAGAUCGGAAGUGAAUUUUGUUAAUUCAGAAGAAGCUAAGGAACUUGUGGCCAAUGAAGGAUUUACAGUUCUAGAUGUGAGAGACAAGUCUCAAUAUGAUCGAGCACAUAUUAAAUCGUGCUACCAUGUUCCCUUGUUCAUUGCAAACCAGGACAAUGAUAUUGGAACCAUUAUAAAGAGGACUGUGCACAAUAACUUUUCUGGCUUGUUCUUCGGUUUGCCAUUCACUAAGCUCAAUCCUGAAUUUGUGCAAUCUGUAAAUAGCCAGUUUUCAACCGAAAGUAAACUCUUGCUUGUCUGCCAAGAAGGGUUAAGGUCUACUGCAGCUGCUGAUAAGCUGGAUAAAAUUGGUUACCAAAAUUUGGCCUGCAUAACAUCAGGGCUUCAGUCUGUAAAACCAGGAACAUUUGAUUCUGUCGGAUCAACUGAGCUGCAAAAUGCAGGCAAAGCCGGUUUAGUUACUAUUCAGGGAAAGAUCUCAGCUGUGCUUGGCACAGUACUUAUUUGUGCAUAUCUAUUUAUCACAUUCUUCCCAGAUCAAGCAGAGAAGUUGCUCCAGAUGAACCCCUUAAGUUAGUUUUGGAUCAGAGACUCGGCUUGAACAUCAGACGCGCCUGCAGGAUGAGACAUUGAAUCGUGUGGAUCAACAACUCCCAAAGAAACUGGCUCAUCCCAUUUGUUGACAGUUGCAUCGAUGCCCACUUGUUUCAUGUGCUCCUCCAACUGCGAGUAAUAUGUGUUGUAUGGUGCCACCUAGAAAGCAUUUGUUAGAAAGAAUUUUGUUAAUCCACUGCAGCUAGCACAAUCAACUAUUAUUGUAUCAAGUCUAUUAGAUUCCAUGGUCUCAUCACACUUUGUUCAUUUGGAAACCACCAGUUUUAUCAGCUUUUUCAUUAUGAUU